AUGUCAAGCAACCCUUGGCACGAGCCACAAAACUACAAGACCCGGCCCGUAGCAAUCAUCGGCGCCGGCGUGUUGGGCCGCCGAAUCGCGACGGCCUGGGCGGCUGCGGGCUACGCUGUGCAUAUGCACGACCCGGACGCGCAAGCGCAGCGCGAAGCGCUGAAAUACUUUACCGAGAAUGUGGCGAUCUACCAGCAAGGGCGGGCGAUUGUAGCUGGGGAGCUGCUCUUCAGUGAGCUGGAAGAUGCGGUGGCAGAGGCGUGGCACGUCGUUGAAUGUGUGCCUGAGGUGUUAGAGGUGAAGCAGAAGAUUUUUGGCCAGUUGGAGCGGCUCGCGGCAAGAGAUAGCAUUUUGGCAACGAAUUCGUCGUCGUUCAGGUCGAAGGCUGUCUCGGAGAAGAUGGGUGAAGCAAGGCAGCGUGUGCUGAAUACGCAUUACUUCAUGCCACCGUAUGUCCGGGCGGUUGAACUCAUGACGAACGGGAGUACGGCGCUGGACAUCUUCCCGUUCCUGGCUAAGAGGUUGGAAGAGGUGGGUGCGAAGGUGUUCGUUGCGAAGAAGGAAUCGACUGGUUUCAUCCAUAAUCGGGUCUGGGCUGCGAUGAAGAGAGAGUUGCUCAUGGUGGUUGCGGAGGGUGUUUCGGACCCGGCGACUGUGGAUGAUAUUUUUUUUGAAACAGUUGUGGUGCCCGGGCUGAGGCCGUUUCGGGCCAUGGAUGUUGUGGGCCUCGACACCGUUGCUAUUAUCGAAGAGAAUUUUGCUAAAGAGCGAGGUCUGGAGACCAAGAACACCGUGGACUUCCUGAAGAGGGAGUAUGUCGAUAAAGGCAGGUUAGGAUCGAAGAGUGAUAAGGGUGGCUUUUUCCCUCCAGAGGCAAAGGCCAAGGGUACGGGAGCGGAACCAAGCACGUUAGUGGAACCAAAUAUACUUGGAGAAACAAGUACAGUUAUGGAGCCGAAUACGCCUGUAGAACCAAGGAUACUUGUGUUAGAUAACGGCUUAUCCGGCGAAGUCAACUCUCUGAAGACAGGAAAGGUAUUAGAAUACUCCACCACCGGCCAGUAUAUCCGGACGUUGUUCAAAGAGCAGUACCUACCAGAUGGCAUCGCGGUAUCAAGAUCUCAAGGGCGGUUCUUCUGGACCUGCAUGGGCUAUCCAGGUACGAUGGAUGGCACCAUAUGGUCGGCGAAAAUUGAUGGAAGCGAUCACAAGCAGCUCAUUGAAGCAGGGAUAUUGAACACCCCAAAGCAAAUCACCCUUGACCCCCGCACCGAAAAACUGUACGUUGCUGAUCGGGAAGGUCUAGGUAUCUGGCGCUGUGACCUUGGAGGCGGCAACCUAGAACAAAUCAUUUGCACCGGCGACAAGAGCAAUGAGAACGAUCGGAAAGAUGCUACAAGAUGGUGCGUCGGGAUCGCGCUAUCUCAUCGACUGGGAAAAAUAUUCUGGACGCAGAAGGGCCUGGCCAAAGGGUGGCAAGGGCGCAUCUUCAGCGCGGGCAUCGACGUGCCUCAAGGUGAGAGCGCCAAUAACAGGACCGACAAAGUCUGUCUUUUGGAAGGGCUUGCCGAGCCGGUUGAUUUGGAUUUCUACGAGGAAGGAUUGAGCCUUUACUGGACGGAUAGAGGCGAGAUGCCGUUUGGGAAUACGCUCAAUAGACUCCAGCUUAAUGGCACCGGAUCGCCACUAGGCUUGAACAGCACACCUUUGUUAAAGUAUCAGAUACUGGUAAGGAAUUUUCAUGAGGCCAUUGGGCUCACGAUCGAUGCGGUGAAUAAGCAUGUAUACGUAGCGGACCUCGGCGGUACGUUGUACAGAUGCAAUCUCGACGGCAGCGAGAAGACGCGGUUAUGCUUUGAUGAAAGCAGAGGGUUCACUGGAAUCAGUUUAACCUAG